AUGUCUUGCUACAGCGAGUCCUGCAGACCCUGUGGGGUGACCUGCUCUCAGCCGAUUGCUGAGAGCUACAAUGAGCCGUGUGUGCAGCAAUGCCCUGACUCCAGAGCAGUGAUCUUCCCCCCACCAGCUGUGGUGACGGUCCCGGGCCCCAUACUCAGCUCUUUUCCUCAGGAGAGCCUUGUGGGAUCAUCAGGCCCGGCCUGGUUGGGGAGUUCCUUCAGUUCCCAAAGCUCGCAGGGCUAUGGGGGCUCCUUUGGCUUGGGGGGCUAUGGGGGUUCCUUAGGCUAUGGGAGCUCACGGAGUUAUGGGGGCUCCUUCGGUUUUGGAGGCUAUGGGGGCUCCCUGG